AUGGCUCUCCUACGAAGUUGUGGUUUGACUGAGACUCAAACAAGGGAAAUGUCCGAGGAGCGUUCGGGAGGGCGUGCACCGAGCGGUUCCAUAGGAUCUUCUCGGGGAUCGACGUGGAGGGAGAGAAGGCAAAAACGGCAAGAGGAUAGGGAGCACCCCAGAGGAGAGGAAAGGUCCGGAUUGGGAGAAGGGUCGGAUCAGACCCACCGAACGGUUUCGGGUGUCUCGGCGCAUAGGCAGUAUGAUGAUAGAGACCGAGAACUGGAGCGGUUGCACAGACUGGUAAUGGAUCUAGAACUGGAAGCAAGGGGUCGACGCCAAGAAAGGAAUCGCAACCUCCGGCAAAGGAGGAAUUGGGGCGAGGAGGGCUCCAGUCAAUCUGGUACGCAACGAUUCCAAAACCGAUCACGCUCUCAAGAGUCACGCCGGCACUCCCGAGAGACACGUCAUCACCGGGACCGUUCACGGUCGCAUGGAUACGAUGACCGAGGGUCAGAAUCGCCGGAGGAAUGGCAGCCCCACAAUGCUGCCAUGGACGCCAUGAGCCGAGCCCUACGAAUGGCUGCCCAGUCACUGUUCUCCGACGAGAUUGAACGGGCCCCUAUGCCGAGUAGAUUUACAUGA